AUGUUUUAUAUCAGUCAAAAUCAAUUAUAAACUAAAAGAUGAGUCGUUUGUUAGUUUUGUUAGUCGCAACUCUAUUCGUCUGCGUGAUUGCUGAAGAAGGCUCGUUUAAUAUCACCCAAGGAUAUUGUAAUACCGCUCUUGCGAAGGAUAUGGUAUAUCGCGAACAUGUGUACAAGUAUUUUAUACCAUUGGUAGAAAGGAAUGCUACGUCUUCUUGGUAUGGAGACGAAAAGGUUUACUGCGUGAUGGCUUUGAACGAAAAUGAUGAGUCUCAGGGUGGAGUUGCGUUCAUCAAAGAAGGAGGUUUUGGCCAUCAUUUCGUCACGAUAGAGAUGCAUUCCAAGAGGGGAAACACUUUGGAGUAUGACGUACAGAUUUACGGAAAAUAAGGAAGUGA